AUGGCUAUCGAGGCGAGCUCCAAAACAGCCCAGAAGUGGCACACUACCCCGACCACAGUCACCACAGCAAUCACUAUCGGGUUGGCCAUUUUUUUCAUUUUUGACAUCAUGGCAUUUGUCUAUAUUAUCAUGAUUCUCAAAGAAACUAGUCGGAUAGGCGCAGUGGACAGUUUGCCGUUCAAGAAUCCAUAUGUCGGACUGGACCAACUUUACAACCUCCACAAAAUAAAACCUUCACAGUACGAUCGGAUUGUCAAUGAACCUCGUCUAGCUACCCAGAUUAGCCAAGAUGAACCGCAGAAAAUAUUUCCCGUCGAUCUCCACCGAUGGCUCAGUGACUUUGGACUUCUUUCGCCGCCUGAUCGCAACUUCAAAGUUACCAGCACUAUCCAUACGAUACUUCAAUUUCACGUCCUAGAUUACGGUAUGGAACAGUGUUCGCUUGCAGUUCGCCUUCCGAACCGCGAGGACAUUCUGCCCCACCCCUUUUCCUUGCCUGUGACGGGGGACACUGUGAGGCUUGACAUAUGCGAGCUCGCCGCCAGCCGUCCCUUGAAAGAAAGCACACUAAGCUGGUCGACACGCCCAAACUGUAUCCGGAGCCUGGGAAGUCUGGACGCCAAAAUCGGAGGAGAAGUCAGCAUGGAACCGUUUUUCUGUAGAUCAGGUUCGUUCAUCGCAUAUCAGGUCUCUUGUGCAAAAGGAUUUCCCGGCUGUGAGGUCGAUGUCUGGACAAAUCAAAAUGCGACUUGGGGUGAGCUCUAUUGUUUGUCCCCGUACUGCUUUCGUUCCCCUGACUGUAUUACGACAUUCAAAGGCGUUUAUUUGAAUCAAUAUCAGACUACUUAG